GAAGAGUUUUAUGGAAAAGAAUUGAUUUUGGCUGACCGAGAAACAGUGGAACAAGAAGCAGACACUAUUUUAAAAGAAGCUGAUGUUUGUGAUGUUGCAUUUCUUGUAGUUGGUGAUCCCUUUGGGGCCACGACGCACAGUGAUUUAGUACUACGUGCAGUAAAAUUGGGAAUUCCAUACAAGGUCAUUCAUAAUGCUUCAAUAAUGAAUGCAGUGGGCUGCUGUGGUUUACAGUUGUACAAUUUUGGAGAGACAGUUUCUAUAGUUUUCUGGACAGACACAUGGAAGCCAGAAAGCUUUUUUGACAAGAUUGAGAAGAACAGGCAGAACGGAAUGCACACACUGUGCUUACUUGAUAUUAAAGUGAAGGAGCAGUCUCUGGAGAAUCUAAUGAAAGGAAGAAAGAUUUAUGAGCCACCACGCUACAUGAGCGUGAAUCAAGCUGCUGAACAGCUUCUUGCCAUUAUUCAGAACAGGAGGCUCCAAGGAGAAGAACCAGAAAUCACUGAAAACACAAUUUGUGUUGGCCUCGCACGCGUGGGUGCUCUGGAUCAGAAGAUUGCUUCAGGCACACUAUAUCAGAUGUCCACAGUGGAAUUAGGUGGUCCAUUACAUUCCUUGAUUGUUACAGGCACUAUGCAUCCUCUGGAAUUAGAAAUGCUUAAGCUUUUUUCUGUAGAUAGUUCCAGUUUUGAAAAUAAUGCAUUUCAAAGGACCACUUAAAUAAAAAUGGGGCAUUGAAAUUUUUA